AUGUCCCGUACGAAGACAACGGGUCCAGGCAAGGUGCAUGGUCAGGUACAUGCUUUCGUGCACAGGAGCAUUACACUGACUGGUCACGACUGGAUAGAUGAGGGCAUGCAGCUUUUCAGACACGAUACAGCAAUUUUCCCAAGGGACUACUUGGUACCAGCACCAACUGAGAAUUGGCAAGCCAUGAGAAAGAAGCUUGUGGAGCCGCCGCAGCUGUCCAACUAUUUUCGGAUGGUCCUUCAGAUGUUGGGUACGCCGAAGUUUGAGGAUGGCAGAUGGCGGGUCAAUGCAAGCAUGGAAUUGGUUCCAGUGGAGCUUUCGCUUUUCUGGAAGGGACACAGCCCUAGGCAUUUUUUGCCGCAGACUUCAGCUGCCAUUGGGUGUGACAAACAUGACAGAGACUUCUUGGGCAGGUGGUCGAUAGGGCGAGUGGGGUCCAAUGCAUACCUCCACACCUCCCGCCAGAUCACUGAGAGGAUCCAGCAGCAAGUGCGAGACUCUUUCUACGGAGCAGAGGUGGCAUAUGACGAGAGUGAAUUGCUGGACAGUGUCCGCGAGUUUGCGGAGAAGUCUGAUUUGAGCGGGCAACGGGUCCGGAGACGCCACAAGAUGCUUCCUUUGCCCAAGGCAGAGGACAUGGUCAGGUAUGGGUAUGAGGAGGAGAGUGAUGAAGAGGACCCACAACAACCGAUUGAUGGGGAACACCCCGCACCAGUCGAUGUGGAUGACGACAUGGCGUACUUUGUCACGGUCUCCAGGAGGACAGGCUUCCGGAGGCUUCAUGUCACUGGCAAAUGUCAUGUCCAUGCAGAACGAUGUCAGCAAGCAGAAACAGUUGAGUCAGCAGAAGUGCGGGAGGCAUUGCGCACUGACUUUCGUAUUGAUCCAGCAACAAGUCCAGAGACUAGAGCAGAUGUUGCCAAAGUGUUGACGGCAUGGGAGUUGUCACGUUCAAUGACAGCAAAAGAGCAAGAGCUUCAAGCAGAGACGAAAGUGUUGGGCAUGCCGCGCGUUCUUCAGCAUACUGAACGCCAGGCCAUGGUGAAAGCUGUGGAAGUCACAUUGGGUAAGCUUCAAGAUGCAGAGAUCCCUAGCAAUGAGUACCUGGCCUUGAAAGUCGAGGAGUGCGAAGCCAAUGAACCCCAGGCUCUGGGGCUCGAUGAGGUGUCUUCGCGUUCAGACACGAGCUCGUCGGCAUUGCAGACAUCGCUUGAUUCAUCUGGGCAUGUCCGGGUCACGAAAGUGAAGACCAAAGGGCGCCUCCCAGAGGACACAGAGUCACUUCGCAGGGCCUUGAAGCUGGAGGCCAUCAGCUGGCUUUGCAUGUCAGCAAAGUUUCGAAACAAGACAUGGCUCCAUGGGCUGGAGUUGCAGCACUGGACAAAGUACACGGAGUAUUGCUUGGUGAAAAGGACCACGCAGCCACAGCCCAACAAGUGGCAGCGAACGAGUUACAAAGGGAAGCCUCAGCACAAAGGAGCCAAAGGUGGAAAAGGAAAAGGCAAGUCUGGCAAAGGCAACGCCAGGGAUUUCAACGGCAGCAGCUUGGAUUUUGACCUGAAUGUCCGCGAAGUGGACAUUGAGCGCUCUGAGUCUGACGACCUCAGCAGUGCACAGCUGUGGGAACAACUUUUUGCAGAGAUUCGUGAUGGCAAGUAUGAUGUGAUUAUCAUGUCACCACCAUGCGGGACUUGGUCAAGAGUCCGCUUUCAAUGGCAGCUGCAUCCAGGGCCGCGCCCACAGCGCAACAAGUCGUGGCCCUGGGGUUUUCCAUGGUUGUCAGCUGCACAACGCAAGAAAGUUGACGUGGCAAAUUAUUUUGUUUCUCAAACUAUCCAGGCUGCAUACAUUGCCUCCGCAGCAGGGACCUUCUUUCUGAUUGAACAUCCAGAGGAUUUGGGGUCAGUUAAUGGUGAAUACCCAGCAUCGAUCUGGCAACUGGAAGACAUGCGCGACCUUCAAAUUGCCACAGAAGCGACAACAUGGGCAAUUUUCCAAUGCGCCUUCGGGGCGGACACCAGCAAACCCACCAGGUUUCUUUCUACAAUACCGGGCAUCAAGUCGCGCUAUGCGAAGUGGCCGUCAUUUGAUCAAGAUGGCCGAUAUUUGGGGCCAUUGCCAGCUCGGUGCACUCACAAGCGUCAUGUCAGGCGUUUGAUUGGAAAAGACUCCCAGGGACGUUGGGUCACCGGGCCUGCUGCAGCAUAUCCACCUGGCUUGUGCAAAUAUCUUGCAACCCUUGUGGCCUCCGUCCUGCGGAAAGGGGAUCACCACAGGGUUAAAGAGGGGCUUGUUUCUCCGAGACCUGUUUCCCCUCCUGCUGAAGCGGUUACGAAGCAUGUGGCUCCUGAGUCGAAGCAGAUACAACAACAACAGAUGGAAGUUGAUGAGGAGGACAAACAGUCGCUGGCUGAACAACCGGCGGCACAGGCUGUUGGUACCAGUAAAACAGUAGAGGUGCAGCACACUGUUUCGCGUUUCAACUGGGGUAGGCCUUUGAUGGUGGAAUGGUCAGGUGAAGAGAGAGAGAUCGUUGAUGGUUUUGGACUGUGCUCACCCAAUAGGUGGGCGCCUGGUUGCAGAGGUGUUGGACAGAGCGUGCGUUCAAUGGAGCUCAAUACAAAGAUCCACGAUUUGUUGAGGAAUUUUGUCCAUGAGCAGCUGGGAGACCUUCGCCUUAUGGCUUUCAAACUGGCGACUGGGAAGUUGACGGAGUCCCCCUUUGGGGGGGACGCUCUUGACCUGUUAAGGAAGCGGUGGGCAGCUUUGCUGCCGGUCCCAGGCAGUGCUAUGGGGAGAGCAGAAGGCCAACCUUUCUUUUUGGACCUCAUGGCGCAGACUCUGAAGAUCCAGGAAGAUCCGGAUCAUGAAAUUUUGGUGGCAGACAGAGACUCCUUUUCGUCUGGCGUGCCGGUUGGGUACGAAGAGCCUAUACCACCUGCUCCUGAUGUGUUUCGUGCCCGGUUAAAACAGAGCAACCUGGACUCUUCUGAGUACAUGGAGGAGGCACGCAACUACAAGUCUGCGGUGGAGAACAAGGAAGGGCUUGAAAGCAAGUUCAGAGAGGACGAGGCGCAAGGCAUGAUGUUCCCCACGACUAUGGGAGUUUUGAAAGAGCGCUACCCGGGAAAACCUAUCCUGGUGGCGGCCAUGGGGGCAAUCAAGAAACCAGAUGGGAGCGUUAGGCCCAUACAUGAUGGGACUCACUUUGUCCAAGUCAACAAUGGCAUCAGGUUUACUGACAAGCUAGAUUACCCUGGGCCACCAGAUGUUGCAGGGGCAGUCCGGUGCGCGAGGGACACCAUGAAGGCUUUCUUCACGGUGUCAGCAGACAUCAAGGCGGCGCACAGGUUGGUCAAGAUCAGGGAAAGCGAUUGGAGGCUUUUGGUUUGUAAGUCAGACUCUGACUCCAAAGUGUGCUGGGUCAAUAAAGUCGGCACAUUUGGGGUGUCAAGUGCGCCUUAUUGGUGGAGCAGGUUGUUUGGCCUUGCAGGCAGGCUGGUGGCUAGGCUGCUCUUGGACAGGUGGAUUUUACAACUGGUUUACGUGGACGAUCUCCACGUUGUUUGCGUGGGUGAGCAGAAGUUUGAGACUUUGUGGAUGGCAAUUGCGGCCUAUGAAGCUUUGGGCACACCUUUUGGAUACAAGAAGUUUUCUGGAGGCAUGGACGUCCAGUUUGUUGGAUACCGUGUUGACUACCGCAACAUGGAGGUUGGCAUAAGUGGAGCCCGCGGUCAAUGGCUGCUUAGUUUUCUCAGAGAGCUGAGGAGGGAUGGCUAUACAGUGCAUGUCCACAGGUUUGCAGAGUUUCUUGGGCGGCUCGGCUUCACCUGCCGCGUCCUGUUGUGGUUGAAGCCGCAUCUGGCCCCGCUUUACUCUUGGGCGUCAGCAGUUAGCAAAAGCACAGUUGCUACGGCCCCACGCCUGGUCAGGCUGGUUUGCAUGUUUCUGGAAAAGCAGUUUGAGGAGCAGAAGUUCAUGUUUUCUUGCGUGAAGCCGCAGAGGCUUACAAAUGAAGUUUUCAGGACUGACGCGAAAUGCGAAAACAACUUGGUGGUUCUUGCGGGGUAUCACUUCCCAGACGGAAGGUGGUUUUCAGUGCGGGUCACACCGCGUGAUGCUCCUUACUUGUUCAAAGAGAACGGAGACAGUGAGUGGGCUUCGGCACCAGCUGAGUUGCUUGCCGUUUUGGUGGCGCUACGGUUGUUUGGCUACCUGGAGCCCAAGACAGGUAGGACGUGCAUACGUUUGUGGAUUCAGAGCGGGACUGACAACCGUUCCAUUGACUUCUUGUCCAAAAAGAACUCCACUACCCGCUGGCCUCUCACCUUAGUCAACAUGCAGCUUUCACAUUUCUUGAUGAGGUCAGGUGUCAGGUUGAGUCUGGCGUGGAGACCGAGGGACGAGAACACCCUCGCUGACGAUUUGACGAACUCCAAGUUUGGAGGGGUUGACAUGGACAAGAGAAUUUCCUGCCUGUUUUCAGAUUUAGAUUUGAGUUUGUUGGCGAGCCUUUGGGAAGCCAGAGAAGAGUACUUAGACCGCGACUCUUGGGCGGUUUACGGAAAAGGCAAAGACAAAGGUGAAAAGACGGCAUGGGGUUAA